AUGGUCCAGGAUGUUGCGCAAAAGGUUGUAGUGAUUGAACACGUUUUCCUUUCUCACCAGCUUGUACUCGUCGAUGGCCUCCUUGCCGUAGUUUACCCAAUACGGCAUGGUGAAGUUGACGGCCUCGUUGACGUUGAAACCAGCGUUGAAACCAGCAUGGUACACUUUCGGGAACGUGAUCACGAACUCGUUCGGUUGCUGGUUCACAUAGUAAAUGCGGAUCUUGGACCCAAACUUCUGUCUCACCAAAGAGGCAAUCUUGUCUGGGGACAGGAGAGUCACCAACUGAUGGAGCAGGUCUGGCUGUUUAGAGAAAUAGUCUGGACACAGGUCAUGACAAACAGUCUCGAACAUAUCGCAGUCAGUAGCAGAAUGAGUUCUUGUCGGGAACCCAGAUAUUUCUCCUGGUCCAUCGUUGUGGAUAUCCGCCCCAUACCGAACUUCAAAGUCCUCGUCGUCCUCGUCUUCGGUGUUGACGAGUCGCCAGAACUCCUUCUCAAUAGCGUCGAUCGAAGGAUUCAUAUUCCCGCCAAACAUUUUCUUGCAAUACUCCUCCUUCAGCUCGUUGCAUUCCUGAGCAAAUUCCCGAAUAGUGUAGAUGGAAUCAAAGUCCUCCUCAAACCCAUAGUCACCGUUUGUGCCCUUGAGACAUUCCUCACAGAACCAGUCGUUGGAGGGAACCUCGUUCAGAACAGGUGUGAGACACUUCAUAUGGUAAUUCCUGUUGCAAUCAUCGCAAAUGAGUAUUGUUUCUGGAUGGUCGGCAAGCCCGCACUUUUCGCAGCCGUUGCUCUGUUUCUUUUGAACAAGCUCGGCGACCCGCGAGUCCAAAGUCGCUGUCUGCUGGCCCUGCGAUUCCUUGUCUUUCAAAAACCGAAUGUAUUCCAGCAAAUCGGUGUAAAGGGACCGGUCAAGUUUUCCACCGUAAAAUGGCAACUGGUUGUCCACAUAGAGAUCAUAAAGAUGAACGGUAACAUUGUUAAAUCCGCUAAGCCAGAACUGCCUGGAUCUAUUGGUCAAACUCAACUCGCUCAGAGUUUGAAGCCGGGUGUGGAACUUAAACGUAUCUGGAUCAAGUGCAAAAGGAGCGUUCCAGCCAUGUGGAGGUUUCAAUUUAAGGAUCCCAUACUGUUCACCAAGCUUGAUGAUUUCCCUGCUAUUGAGAUAUUUGAUAGGGUUGGAAAACUCCUCCUCGCUGUCUUUUCUUUGAAAAUUAAAAGUUGUUAUAACGGCCCCGCCAUGGAGGACAUUGACGACGAAAAGUUCCAGAAAAAGCCGAACCGGAGUCGCGACUGGCGGGAGAAUGCCAUAAAUCUGUGGAAACGGUUCAAGCUUAGGCUUUAUCGCAGAGAUAGGCCAACCAUAAUUAGGUUACUUGGCAUUUCAUUAUUAGUUACCAUACUAUUAUUCUGGCUCUUAUCUCCAGGUGCCACUCCUGGUUCACGCAAAUCCACACAGAGACGACUUCGCAAUCAUUUCGAUCUCUCCAGAAAGAAGUACCAUGAUAAUCUUAACAUGAAGCUGGCAAAUAACCACGAGAACAUUGGGUUUGGUCUGGCCACGAAUCGGAAAAACCACAAAACCCCAGGAGUUGCCCCGAUUCCAUCACUUCCUGGUAUCUUUGCUGACGACGAUAGCCAGAUUGAGCGGAAGAAAACCCUCACCAACAGCAAGAAGAACAAGUCGCUGCUCCAGAAAUUGGGGCUCUCCAGACAAAAACGGAAAAUAUAUGUCAUUUUGGGCCAUUCACCAGAGGUUGGUAUCAAGCAUCAAAAGUCCAAAGAGUAUUGGCUAAUGGAGAAACUGUCUCUUUUGAACAAAAAACAUUACUGUGAAAAGCAUAACUACGAACUUAUAGUGGUGAACGCGCUGGACGACGAUAUCGGGCUGUACCAGAAACGGUAUCAGCACGAGUUUAGAGAAGGAUGGGAGAAGUUUGAUAUUCUUCGCAGGCUCAUGAAGCGGACGUCUGAUGACGGGUCAUCUGACGUGGAAGAGUGGUUUUGGUACUUGGACAUCCAUACGCUAAUUAUGCAGCCCGAACUGUCGCUUGAGCAAGUGGUUUUCAAGAAUCUGGACUAUAUUUAUAGAGAUUUGAGGUACUUCAACCCAAAUAACCUGGUGGUUGAUGAGGAUCUGAACCAUUUCACAUUGGGAACUUCAUUGAGAGAAACUACAGACAUCAACAGUGUGGACCUAAUCUUGACACAGGACUGCAACGGGAUCAAUUUGAACUCUUUCUUCGUCCGUAAGAGUGACUGGACCAACUUGUUACUGGAUGUGAUCUGGGACCCGGUGUUCUACAAGCAGAUGCAUGUCAAAUGGGUGAAGCAAGGAAACGAGAAAAAGUACGGGUUCAGACUCAGCACGGACGAAUAUGAUUCGAACUCGUACAACAACGAUGUCGAGGAGAAGAAUUGCUUGGAAUACCUGUUCAACACACAAUCUUGGAUCAGAGCCAAGAUUGGAUUUAUGCCUAUCAAGGCAUUCAACUCUCUUUCGCAAGAUUACUGCGUGGUCGAGCCGGAUGACCACGAGGAAGAGUACGAAUCCCUGCUUUCGGUCGAGGCCGGUGAGGACCCGAAGUUCGAUCUGGCCAAGUCCAACCUGUUGAAGAACCAACACUUCCACUAUUCUCCAGAAGACCGCGACUUCGUGGUGAACUUUAUGAACUGCGAGAAACACCACAAUUGUUGGGACAGAUUCCAGGAGUUCAGCGACAUCUACGAAGACCUGCACAAGAGCUGGCGAAAAAACGCGGUUGAAAAUCCUUUGUUAGAUCAAACGAUGGCUAUUCUUUCAUCCAACCUUGUCAAUACACUUAGAAUCGCAUUCCAUGGAGUGGUGGCAUACUUAUUGCUCACUUCGCCGAAAUCUGUUCUGGAAUAUGACGGAUUGAUCAUUUUGUCCUCGUCUAUGAACAUUCCCUUACUAAUGACCACUGAGGGCUCAUCAUUAUACGGUUCGCUGGCACUUUUGGUCUUUUUCCUUGGUCUCAACGACCUGGUUCCUCUGCUGGAUGGUAACUACAAUUACUUUGAGGCUGCUCUGCCAACAAGACUGCUGGCGUACUUUGGCUUGAUAUUCUACUGCUACAUGGGAGGAAACCCAAUCAUCAACAAUUCGCUAGUGUUUGGUUACUGUUUCAUGGAGAUCUGGUUCUCUGUGCUGAUUUUCAGCUCGGUGAGAGAGGAGAAGCUUAACAGAAUCAAAGAAGAAGAGAAAAAAGUGCUCGAUCUUAAGGAGAAAGAAAUAAUACAGCUGACUCCUGUGGGCUCAUUUCUUACCGAGACGAGCAGCAAUGUUGGUAGCUUCCUCAACAGCACGACUCACUCCGCUUCUGACGUUCUUGUCCUCCAUCACCAGCAAUCCACCGAUCGUGGUUCCACCCGGAGUGCAAGUGGCCAGCUUCAAUGCACCUGGGUGCUGACCUGUCUCGGAAACCAUCUUGGCAGUGCCUUCCAUCACCUUGGCAGCACACUCCAAAGCAACAGCAGAAGGAAUACCCAUUCUAAUACCUCCCUCGGCAAGAGCCUCCAUGAACAGCAGGGAGAAAGCAACACCGGAACCAACCAAGGCGGUGGCAGCGUCCUGGUUUCUUUCAGGCAACUUGAUGGCGGUUCCAACACCACCAACCAAGUUCAUCACGAGGUCCUCGUGUUCUUGACACUCCUCGGAGAAAGAGACCACAGCGAUACCAGCACCGAACUUGGCAGGGGUGUUUGUCAUGACACGGGCGAUUUUGCGGGCGUUGGAGGACCAUCCGCUCAAUUGUUCAAUAGACCAUCCUGCAAGCAGAGAGAUAACGAUCUGGUCGCCGGUCAAUUUGCUCGAGACCUGGUUGUAGAUUUGCUCACAGAGGAAAGGCUUGCAACCGAGUAUGAGGAUGUUUGCUUCGCCAACCGCCUUGGCGUUAUUGGCUGGUCCGAACGAAGUUUCGAUUUGCUCGCCAUAGGUUUCCUUUAA